ACCCUGAUGAUAUACCUAGGCCUGAGGAACCACGAAAAGACAAACAGCGAGAAAAGUCUCCAAGUAGAGAAGCAGGAGAGCAACAAGCGAGAGGUGAAACUCCCGAUGCUCCUCCAAAAGAGUUUGGUUUUAAUUCCUCUACUCUCAAUGAUAUUCUCAAUAGUAUGACGGAUGAGAUGGAGAAAGAUAAUAAAGCAACGGGCAAUGAUGAACCUUUUAAACCUAGUCCUGGUUUAGGUAUGCCAUUAGGAGGAAUUACCAAAGAGGAGGCGGAGAAAUUGCCUUGGAUUUGUAUGGCGUUCAGUUUGAAAGAAAGUUUACAAUGGUUUAUCAAAGACCCUACUACGGCGGCUAAUAUUCGGCAUGGCUCGGCCAAAAAUCUCGGCACAGCAGAAAAACCAAUUAAAGGUUUUGCGAGAUUAGUUAAAGACGAGGAGGAAGCAAGAACCGAGGAGGAAAAGAAAAAAAGAGAGGAAGGUGAGGACAAAAAUCUUUUAUUACGAGGAAAAAGAAAGGAUGACAAAAGAGCCGAUAAAUUAGGCUGGAUCGCAUGGCCGUGA